AUGACAUCUGCUGAAGAAGAAAAUCUUUUAUUGUGUUGGUUGGAAAACGAUGUCGAUGAUUCAGUGGAUUCGAAAAAAGCCCAUGGUCCUCGUGAGGGACUAGAUAUUCCAUUUCGACUGUAUCAUGAUCAGCACAAGUGCGCUGAAUUUAUACGAAGUGUUGAAAAUGAGAAAAUACUCUUGGUUGUUUCCGGUACAGUCACGGCUUGCCCUACUUUUCCUACGAUUCACUCGUUUCUAGCUGUGGAUUCUGUAUUUAUUUUUUCUGCCAACGCGGAGAAAUAUGCAGCUCUUCAGGAUCAUUAUCCUAAAAUUGUCGGCAUAUAUAUCGAACACAAGUCUUUGUUCAAAGCUAUUCGUCGUAAAAUUCGGAUGUUAACAACAGAAACAGUUGGAUUUAGUCUGUUCGAUCGACAGAAAGAAAAAACCAUUCGAGAUCUUUCGAAACAUGCCGCAUCAUUUCUCUGGUAUCAGCUGCUGCUGUUGAUUUUGAAAAAAAUGCCACAUGAUCAUCAAGCAAGAAAACAAAUGCUUGAAAAAUGCUCUGACUAUAAUCGUGACAACCAAUCAGCAUUGAAAAAAAUUGAUGAAUUUUGUCACAGCUAUGUAUCCACGAGAGCGAUCGAUUGGUACAUAGCAGACUCGUUCCUUUACCGAACAGUGAAUAAAGCUUUGCGAACGGAAGAUAUUGAUCUAUUGUAUUUAUUUCGCUUUUACAUUCAAGACCUUUGCGCUCAGCUAGAAGGGGAAUGGCGGAAGCAGAAGAUCGAAGAACCAUUGACAGUUUAUCGAGCUCAGAAAAUAUCUCGAGAAGAAUUGGAUACGCUCAAGAACAAUGUUGGUGUUUUAAUUUCGACGAAUGGAUUCAUUUCUACGUCACGUUGCAAAGAAACCGCGCUUGAAUUUAUUUUUGGUGCGACAACUACAUCCAAGGUCGUAAAGAUUUUCAUAGAGAUUAUCAUAGAUCCAUCUGUAAAAUCAAUUAUUUUUGCUGAUAUCGAUAAAUACAAUGGAAUUGAUGAAGGUGGCCCGGAUAUAGGGGAACAGGAAGUUCUGAUUAGCCUUGGAGCAGUGUUUACAAUUGAUUUGAUUGAAUUCGAUUCUGAGAUAGACUUAUGGAGAAUAAAACUGACUGCGACGGAUGAAGGUACAGAUGAACUGCAAGAGUAUAUGAAAACAACAGAGAAAGAAUUACAAGAGAUAAGCCCGACUAUUUUGUUUGGCCGUCUUCUUUUGUACGAAAUGGGACAAGUAGAAAAAUCUGAAAAGUAUUUUCACAUGCUAAUGAAAUCUUUACCAUCCCAUCACGAGGAUGUUCCGAGUGUUUACGAUGGGAUUGGAAACGUACAUCGAAGGAAAGGAAAAUUUGAAAUCGCAAUGGAAAACUAUAAGAAAGCUUAUGAACUGCGUCUGAAUCGACUACCAUCGAAUGAUUAUCGUCUCGGCAUCUCAUUUACCAACAUUGGCAAUAUACAAAAGGAUAUCGGUGAUUAUGACAACGCAAUGAGUUUCUAUGAGAAAGCACUUGCUAUUUAUGACAAAGCCUAUUCAAGUAAUCAUCGAAACAAAGCACAGCUUCUGAACGAUGUCGGAUCGCUCCAUAAGAUGAAAGGCAACUACGAUACUGCUCUGAAAUACACUGAGGCGGCAUAUGAAAUGUUCCAACGAGUACUUCCUGAAAAUCACCCACGGAUUGCAUCGGUUCUGGGCUAUAUUGGUUCGAUCUAUGAAGACACGCUUGAUUACAAUCAAGCGCUUGAACAUUACCAUCUUGCUUUUGGGAUGGAAGAAAAGCUUUUUCCCGGCGAUCAUCCAAACCUAAUGAGACGUUUUGACUCGAUUAUUUCUUUGUACAAGAAGAAAGAACAACUGGAUGUAGCUAUGACAUUCUGUCAAGAGAAACUAGCUUUACUAACUGAGAUUCUCGGCGAAGAUCAUGUUAGAAUCGGCCAUAUCUUAGAAAUUAUGGGCGAUUUGCUUCAGUGUGAUCGUCUCACACAAGCGAUUUCUUAUUACAGUAAAGCAGUAGUUAUUCUUCGAAGGAGUAAACCAGUAGAGAAUACAGCUGCUAUGAUCAGAUGUUUUCGAUCAAUGAGCUUAUUGUUUCAUGACUCUCGGUUAUUUGAUAAUGCUCUUAAUUAUAAUCUGAAAGCACUUAAUUUACAACGGAAAACUUUGCCACAAGAUCUCCGCAAAAUUGCAGAAAUAUAUCAACACAUUGGUCUUAUUUACCAAGACAUGAAAGAUUACUCUAAGUCGUUAGACUAUUUCGAAAAGGGUGUCAGCAUCUGCAGUGCAAAUUACGGCGAAAAUGACGAGCAGACACAAACUAUUCGGUCUUUAAUAAACACCAUCAAUAUAAUCAAACAAUGCACUUUUUUAAGACCACGUUCAAAUGCAAUCAUUGACAGUGAGAUGACUCCACCGAGAUCUCCGUGUCGGCCACGAGCGAAUGCAUUCUCCGAAAGUGUUGGUCCUCAAGCUACCUCAGCCUUUGAAAUCGCUGCUCAUACAAUGGAAAAUCUCCAUGUCAACUUUUCAUAUUCACCACCAUCAGACGUAUCCUGCUAUGACAACGAACAUUUCGUCUUUGACUUUCCGUGUCGACCGCGCUCGAAUGCCAUAGUGGAAAGAGACGAUGAUCUCAAUGAGAGUUCAAGAUCUGAUUUUCAUGAAAACAAUAGUAAGCUUACAUGCAAAGUGUAA